GAGCUCUCGCUGCAGAGACCUCAGUCGUCAACUCUCGCGAGAUUCCGCGCGAUCUGUGCAGAGCUGGGGGGAAAAAAAAGAAGCGCCUCUCCACGUCCGCCGCUCUCUCAGACAGGUUCAGCGGACACAGUGAGCACUGGAGGUGAAGGUAUGGAGUCCAGCUGGGAGUUUUGUGAAGACUGCCUUGUUCACGUCCUGCAGUAAAAGAGCUACACCUGAUCCUCACAGACUCUUCCAAAGCUGCGGUGUCUACUUCAUGGAGCUCCUGGACCUUGCCUCUGUUUCCAUGGUAACCCUGUAGCAAAAGAUCCCAGCCUGUUGUCCUGGUAGCCGCAUUAAAAAAAAAAGUUUCAAUUUGUUGCCAUGACAGUGCUGUGGAAACGCCCUGUAAAGUAGUAAACUCGUUGCUAUGGUGAUUCUGUAGCAAGCAAACCGUCACCAUGGGAACGUCCAGGAUGUUCCGCAUCUUUGUGGUGCUUGGAUCGGCUUUCAUGAUCCUCCUGAUCAUCAUCUACUGGGACGACGUGAGCGUCCCCCAUCUGUACCUGCACACUCCUGUGUCUCCGGGCCCCAAGGUUGCACACCCGCCCCCCAAACCGCGGCCCCACACUUCCCGCACCCCGUCCUUUCUCUCAGACAUCGAUGCCUUCGUUAACCAGUUCCUGGAGCCAGGAACCGGGGAACCCACAGACACCGCUCCAGCCGACACAGGCAACCAAUCCGAGAAGGCGGAGGAGCGCUACGUCCCACGGAGGGAGUGGAAGAUUCACCUGAGUCCAGUCGCAGCAGAGCUUCGAGAGAGACAGGAGCAGAGACGGAGGCUGCUUCAAGAGGUGUGUGCUAAUGAGAGUGUGGCGUUUCCUGGCAAAAACCGUUCAUUUGAUGAAAUCCCCAACAAGGAGCUGGACCACCUGAUUGUGGACGACAGACACGGCAUCAUCUACUGCUACGUUCCAAAGGUGGCGUGCAGUAACUGGAAACGCAUCAUGAUAGUUCUCAGCGAGAGCCUGUUGACUGACGGCGUUCCUCAGAGAGACCCUCUGGCUGUCCCCAGGGAGCUGGUGCACAACACCAGCAUGCACUUCACCUUCAGCAAGUUCUGGAAACGUUACGCCAAGCUCGCACGACACCUCAUGAAGGUGAAGCUGAAGAAGUACACCAAGUUCCUGUUUGUGCGGGACCCCUUUGUACGUCUCAUCUCUGCCUACAGGAAUAAAUUCGAGAUGCCCAACGAGGACUUCUACCGCCGCUUUGGGCAGCUCAUGCUCCGUCGCUACGGCAACCAGCCCACUCCCCCCGCCUCCGUGGACAAGGCGUUCUCUCUGGGCAUCCACCCGUCGUUCUCCCACUUCAUCCAGUACCUGCUGGAUCCUCAGACGGAGAAGGCCAUGCCUUUUAACGAGCACUGGCGCCAAGUGUACCGGCUCUGUCACCCGUGCCAAAUCCAGUACGACUUCGUGGGCCACCUGGAGACGGCGGAGGAGGACGCCGAGCACCUCCUGCGCCUGCUGCGAGUAGACAAUGUGGUGGAGUUCCCCACCUCCGGCAGGAACCUGACCUCCAGCAGCUGGGAGGCGGACUGGUUCAGCAUGGUUCCCGCCGAGACCCGGAGAGAACUCUACAAGCUGUACGAGCCGGACUUCAGGCUCUUCGGCUACGACCGGCCGGACUCCCUCCUCAACGAGUGAACGUUUGAAAUGUCAGAAGACGCGCUAACGACACUCCGUCACAAACACAGAAGCACACCGAUUAGGACAAACGUUCAGGCGGAUCACUUCUCACGAUCGCAGAAUGUUGACGGCACAAGACGGUUUUUACGUGUCUUCUUGCACAGAAACAGGAAGUGCGGACAGUCAGACCACACCGACGUACAGUAGUUUGCAGAUGUAGUUGGACUGUUACUUCUAGAUGUCAGAUCAUGUAUUUCAUAUUGUUAAGUGCAAUCUUCUUAGCAUGAAAGCGUCGUCAUAUUUGCCCGGAUAGGAAGACCACGUUUACACUCACCUCAGACCAAACUCCUCCUUUAUUUGUAUUUAUUUACGUUGAAUGGAUUUAAUGUAUUUGUCUACGUUCAGAGCCACAAUGUAGCCUCUGCAUAAAGAAGCACAGCAGCUCCUGCAGCAGCACACGAGGCUGAGGACCUGGAUUUACCUCAGCGGCGGUUCUACAAGCUAAACCGGAGCCUUCGGGUUCCCAUCAGGUUCCUUUGAGUUUCAACAGACGAAUCUGUGAAGAGAAACCGCAUAUUUACCGAUCACGCAUCACUCCAGAACAUUAGUGUUGAUUUUGUAGCGUUUAGCAAAGAGACAGCAGGAAUUUGAACCGCUGAGGUCAGUGCCUUUGGUUGCAAAAGUUUACACAGCAAAAAAACCCUAAAUAUUUUUCUAGUUGUUCGUUUGUAUUUGACACAAAGAGAUGCUCGUUGGAGGACGUUUCUUUGGGACCAAUAGGAGCUGAGCAGAACUCCGUUCGACCGACAUUUGAUGUGCGUUUUGUGCUCCGUGAAAGUUUCUAAUCCGAUAGCAUACGGGCUCUACGCCUUCUUCUUCAAAAUGUGGUGUUUGUGUCAUCUCAAGGUCUUUGGCUUCCUCGGUUUUGGAUCGCAGAGGAGCGUUCCGGUUGAUCCGCACCUCCUCCUCCUCCUCGUCUGUGUGAGCGUCCAGAUUUGUUUUUGCCGUUUUUCUGUGCCAACUGAGGCCGAGUCCAAACGGAAGCAGAUUUCUUAUUGUGAAAACUGAUAAUAAAACAUUUGUACUUGCUGCUGGUGCAGAGAGAAGAA